AAGAUGACUUCUGCUUUUAAGAAGUCAUUCUUUAAUAAGACAACAGCUAGGGUUUUAUAAAGCUCAUUAGUCAACUUUGUGAUUAAACAGCGCAGUCUGCAACAGCCAUGUUCUUCACAGAAGCUGAAUGUUUGUUCUGGGUUUUUGUUCUCUGUCUCUCAGGUGUUCAGGGAAAACCAAACAGCAUCUGUGCCUUGAAAGGUUCAUCAGUAAAUCUGUCCUGCUCACAUCAACAUCCAACUUCAAGCAUGAACUGGUACAGUGUAUACAGGGGGGGCUUGAAGAUUGAGACCUCUGCAGAUGGAAAGUACAGCAUGUCAGCAGAGAGUAACUUGACUCUGACAGUCAACAAUCUAGCAGAGAAUGAUGCAAACAUUUACUGCUGCAGAGAACCUGCUGACAAAUCAGACUGUGGCCAAAGGGGAAUUUCUCUCAGUGUUGCAGAGCUGCAGGUAAAGGUGAUUCCUGCCACAGAGGGACAGACAGUAACACUGAUGUGCAGCAGCAGCUGUCCUCUGACUGAAAAGCCUGCAGCCUACAUCUGGUACAAGAACAGAGAGUUUCUCUAUGAGGACUGGUCUCCCUGGUACCAAGAGCUGCUCAGCAGUGAGGAAGCAGUCACAUACUCCUGUGCUGUCAAAGGCUACGAGGAUCUCAGAGCCCCUGAAGUCUCUGUGGAUUCCAUCACAUCACCAUGCUUCAAUGUGACUUACACUAAAAGCGAAAUGUGUCCUUAUCAGCAGGGAUCAGAACAUGAGCCUUGUUCCAUCACAUUUCCCAGAGUGGUACAUGUUGUAAGGACACCUGGGAACACACUGACCUGUAGCACCUCAUGUCCUCUGAUCGACCCUCAAACUGUCUAUGUGUGGUAUGAAAAUGGAAAACUUUAUAGGGAAAAUAUAACGAGCAUUUCAACUCCAAGUUCUUUGAAAAACAACUUUUACUGUGUAAUUAAAGGUCACGAGCAUCUUCAAUCUGAUGAAGUCUGUGUUCAGGAUAAAAACUGCUGGAGAGUGAAUUAUAUCAGCAGGAGAAUCUGUGCUCUGGAAGGAUCUUCAGUCAGCAUUAUUAGUAAAUACUCACAUCCUGAUAACAUGAAACCAGAGUUUAAAUUAUGGAUUAAAAAAUGGAGAACAGGUGAUAAGGAACGGAUUGAGCCUUCAGGUCGUGUGGAGUAUCACGACAACGUGAAGAACCAAAACAUCCUGACCAUCAAAAACCUGACGAAGAAUGACUCAGGAGAAUAUACAUUCAUCCUGAAACAACAUGAUAAAGAACUGAAACUGCCUGGAGUCUUUUUGAUUGUCACAGAGCUGAGAGUGAAGAUGAGUCCUUCUGCAGUGGUGACAGAGGGUCAGAGAGUCACACUGACCUGCAGUACCAGCUGUCCUCUGACUGACAACACAAACUACAUUUGGUACUUGAACAGUCGACCUCUGACCCCGAGAGAGAACCAGAACAAACAUUUGAUCCUAGACACAGUCAGCCUUAAUCCCAUAUAUGGAAACAACCCAGCUCAGCACAGCAGGAUGCUUGACACCAUGAACCACGAAGCUCAUCUCUAUGCCAAUGAAGUUGAUCUCUAUUCCAAUGGCGCUAGUCUCUACUGUAACCUCUAA